GUACGCAAGCACCCACGGCAAGCACCAAGCGCUACUGCUCAAGCGACUUCAGCGAUUCACCCAAAAGGGCAUAACUGCUCAUAGUUUCACCUCGACAACUGUACAAGUACAACCAGCUGACUUAAAAAAGCAGAGGCGUUCAAACCUUGAGAUUCUGGAAACAUGAUGUCAUUCGAGCUCAACGCCCGUGCAAAUAGACUAUUAGCAGAGCAAAAGGCGCGGGCGGACAAGGAGAAAGCGCGAAUCGAAAAAGAGCGUGUCUUGGCGGAGCGCCAACGUCAGCGAGAACUAGCCCGGGAGCAGGAGGCGCAGCAGCGGCGACAGCAGCAACUGGAGGCGGAGCAGCGGGCCCAGGACGCGGAGUUUGAGCGGCGCGAGGCCAACCGCGGCGUUUACCUGCGCCUGGAGCUGGCGGCGCUGCCGACGGAUGAGGCGGCGGUGGCGGCCAAGGGCGUGCGGCGCAGCAAGGACAAGAUCAUCCUACCGCCCUCCGCCGGCUCGCUGCUGAUGAGCCAGGACGCCUCCAAGAACGGCGCCAUGCUGUUCGAAGUGGCGCUGCCGGCAGCCGCCUCCGUGCCCGACCCCUCGCCCGCCCCCUCGACCUCGGCACCCGCCGCCUCUACCAGCGCGACCGGCACCAGCAGCACCGCGGCGGGCGUGCCGGGCCGCACGCACGCGGGCGUGCUGGAGUUCACGGCGCCGGAGGGCUGCGUGCUGCUGCCGCGCAAGGUGUGCCAGAGCCUGUGGGGCUCGCUGGACGCGUCGGCGCGCGGCAGUGUGGUGGUGACGUACGUGCUGCUGCCCAAGGGCGACUACGUGCGGCUGCAGCCCAUGAGCCACGGCUUCCACGAGGCCAUGGGCGACCUGCUCAAAGAGGCGCUGGAGGCAGAGAUGAUGACGCUGAGCACGCUGAGCGAGGGCGACUGGAUCACUGUACACCAGCCCGACACAGGGAGGGAGUGGCCGCUGCGGGUCCAGGAGUUGCUCCCGGCCGCCGCCGUGAGUGUGCUGGACACGGACCUGGCCGCGGACGUGGUGCCCUCGCUGGAGGCGGAGGAGUACCUGGCGCGGUGGGAGGAGGACCAGCGCAGGCAGCAGGAGCGGCUGGCGGCGGCAGCGGCGGAGCGGGCGGAGCAGGAGGCGGCGGAGGCGGCCUUCGCCGCGCGGCGGCAGGCGGAGGAGGCGGCGGCAGCGGCGGCGGCCGCCGCGGAGCAGGCGGCGCUCCAAGCGCGGCUGGCGGCAUCACUGCCCCCUGAGCCGGAGGCUGCUGCCUCCACUUCUGACUCGGGCGCCGUGUUCGCGUGUGCCUUCACGUUGCCGAACGGCGCGCGCCUGCUCCGUCGCUUCGCCACCUCCCAACCCGCGCAGCUGCUGUUUGACUUCUUGGAUAGUCACGGCGCGGGCGGAUGGGCGAGAGGAUCGUACCGACUCGUGACACGCAUGCCGCGCCGCGUGGUAGACGGUGGUUGCGAUGUGACGCUAGGAGAGCUGGGGCUGGGCGCGGGCGGCGGCGGUGAGGCGUUCUUGCUUGAGGCGGUGGAGACGCCGCGGGCGGCGGCAGGCACGGAGGGCGCGGGCGGCAGCAGCUCAAUGGAGGUGUGCUCGUGAGGGAGCGUCGGUGGUAGUGGCCGACGUAUGAGGCCCCGCAACGCUAUGUUGGUGCACGCCAACGGUCAUCGAUUGGUAGUAGUCUGGUGGCGCAAGCGCGUUUUGGCUACCGUAUCCCCUUGAACUCUGGGUUCGGGCAUUGUGGAGGACAAUGUGACCAGGAUUGAUUGUGAGCAAAUAUUGCCGGCGCGUGCUGGUCAAACUGUCAAACCCCGCAUGGCAGCCCUCGCUUUGGCUCUCAGGCUCUUACACGCCUUUCAAGCAUUUUAAUAGCAUUGCCACCC